AUGGGUGCGGCGGGCGGGCCGGGGCGGGCGGGAGUGGCGCUGGGUCUGGCGCUGGGUUCUGCGGGACUGGUGCUGGUGCUGGCGCUGGCGGCGUGGCGGAGGCGGCGGCGGCCGAUGCGGGAGGUGCUUUUCUUCCCCUCGCUGCCCAGCUGCACCGAGGGGCUCCUGGCCCAGGCGGCGGGGCCCGAGGCGGCGGCCCGGCCCUGCCCCUGCCCGCUGCCGCAGCGGGACUGCUCCCUCAGCCGCCUCCUGCGGCUCCUGCUCUCCGCCCGCCGCUCCCUCGAUCUCUGCCUCUUCUCCUUCUCCAACCCGCAGCUGGGCCGAGCCGUUCAGCUCCUCCACCGCCGCGGUGUCCGCGUCCGCGUUAUCACCGACGAGCAGUACAUGGGGCUGCGGGGCUCCCAGAUCGGGUUCCUCCGGCACGCCGGGAUCCAGGUGCGCCAUGACCAGGACACAGGUUACAUGCACCACAAAUUUGCUAUUGUGGACCAGAGGAUUCUCAUCACAGGCUCCCUCAACUGGACCACCCAAGCUAUCCAGAACAACCGGGAGAACUUGCUGGUCAUGGAAGAUGCUGAGUAUGUGAAGCCUUUUCUGGAUGAGUUUGAAAGGAUUUGGGAAGAGUACAAUCCCAUCAACUACAAAUUUUUUUCCAGAGAUAGUAAAUGAUUGAGCUGCCCCACAGGGCUGGUAGAACACUUAACAGCAGCAUUCAUGGACAUGUGUAGAAGUGGUCGAAUUGUCCAUCUGGGUGUAAUUUAGACAAGCUCUUCUGGAGAAGCAAAAUGCUCUCUACCCCAGAGUGCCACAGGUCCUGUGCCGUGGGUCAUUCCCAUGCUAGAGGGAAUAACCCACCUGUUUGGUGACUUUGUUUUGUGGGGGCAGCUGUGAUAGGACUGGAUUCCUAGAUCUUUAAACAAUGGGCAGGCUCGUUGCAGUGUCCUGAUGCAGAUGAGAUACAUUUAUGGUGGGUGUUCAGUGGAGAAACAGAUGUUUUCCCAACUUGGGAUAGUGCAGAAUGGAAUUGCAGCCCCCUGACUCCUUUCCAUCUGUGAGCCUUAAAAGCUAAGAGAUACAGCAAAGCUACAGUGUGUAUAGAGAGACUCAGACCCUUAGUUAUGGUUCUUGUUGGCAUUAAUUGUUGAAAGUUUGCAAAAGGAAAUAAGAAGGCAGAUGUUUUGGUUGUGUACAUAGUUCCUUUUGUUGAAGAGAAGCAGAUUUCCAGCAUGAGCACAGACACUAAUGACAGCUCAUCUUCCAGCUAGCAGGAGUAGGGAAGUCUGGAAAAUGAGAGAAACUGUUCUUUGGGAUCAGUUGGUCUUAUCUAGAGAGCAGAAUGGCCAAGUCACCAACUUCAGAGUGCAGUGGUGGAAGGAAACCCCAGUUCCCAGUCCUGGUUUGGUGGCUGCCUGUGUUGGCAGCAGUGGGGU